AUGGGUAGGCAUCCUUCGUCUACCGAGCACAUACCGUGCCCUAGACAUCCUUCGUCUACCGAGCACAUACCGUGCCCUAGACAUCCUUCGUCUACCGAGCACAUACCGUGCCCUAGACAUCCUUCAUCUACCGAGCACAUACCGUGCCCUAGACAUCCUUUGUCUACCGAGCACAUACCGUGCCCUAGAUAUCCUUCGUCUACCGAGCACAUACCGUGCCCUAGACAUCCUUCGUCUACCGAGCACAUACCGUGCCCUAGACAUCCUUCGUCUACCGAGCACAUACCGUGCCCUAGACAUCCUUCGUCUACUGAGCACAUACCGUGCCCUAGACAUCCUUUGUCUACCGAGCACAUACCGUGCCCUAGAUAUCCUUCGUCUACCGAGCACAUACCGUGCCCUAGACAUCCUUCGUCUACUGAGCACAUACCGUGCCCUAAACAUUUAUCGUCUAUCGAGCAUCGAAGUAUACCCUAG